UACUCGCCAUCCAUCCAUCCAUGCACAUCUCGGAGUCAGCCCUAUGCUUCGCCAAUCCGCUAUCACGAGCGCAGCGCAUAUACGGGCCAUUUGCUUUCGAGGCGAGAAAAGGCCGUCUCCGAAACGCUUGGACCUCCCUCCUCGAUCGUCGGACGCGCUCGCUCCCUUCAUCGAUUGCAAACCCCGCUUCCCCAUCCUUUGAAGCACACUAUGGAGGUCAUGUCCCCUUGAUUCCCCCGCAUCCUCACUCUCACGCUCCCCUCUGCAAUUAGUCCACGACGGCAAGACUGACCCUCCUCCUUCCAACCACACAGACACAGCCUCUUUCUCUUCCCACCCUCCCACUCACCAAUAUGGAGUCCGUCGCCGCUGCGCCCGCUGCGCACGACGAAGCUCCUCAGGCUGCGUCGUACGUCGUCGACAAGUCGCAGAUCCCUCGACCCUACAAGUGUCCGCUCUGUGACCGAGCUUUCUACAGGCUCGAGCAUCAGACCCGUCACAUCCGCACUCAUACGGGCGAGAAGCCUCAUGUCUGCACUUUCCCAGGUUGCGAGAAGCGCUUCUCUCGUUCAGACGAACUUACUCGGCAUUUGCGCAUUCACCAAAAUGGUGGGACUCAUGCCAAGAAGGACGACGUGAGCGGCGGUGGACAGGCAAAGGCCUCAAAGGGUCCUGGCGGUGCAGGUGCGAAGAAGACGGGCAGGGGCUCGUCAGAUCAUCACGUCAAGUGGCACCUCGGGGAGGACGGAGGCAGUGAUGAUGAGCAGCACAACCAUCACCCACACCAUGCUAGCAUGCGUCCUCCUCCGGCGAGUCAGGAGAUGUCCGCUCUCGCCAUGCUCGCACAGGAUGAGCUGCAGGAGAUCCACAAGCAGGAAGAGGCAGGCAGGAGACCACCUCACACCAUGCACCAGCACCAGCAGUACUACGGCUAUGGGUACCCUCACCCUCCGCCGCCCGAGGCAAUGUCCCAUCAUCCUCAAUACCCAGGCUACGUCUACGGCGGUGGCCCCCCUCCUCCUGGUACUGCUCCUCGCCACGGCCUGCCUCCCGUCACUGCCACUCCAGUGGCCGGCGGUGCACCAGCAGAGCGACCCCCUGGCUGCGCUCACUCAGACUGCCAUCGCUCCUACAACGAGCGCAUCGCAGCUGCUCUUGCGCCUCUGCAUCACCAGGCAUCCGGCAUGCAGCCUCCUCCCCCUCCUCAAUCUACUGCACCGCCCGCAGCCCCCUAUGGCUACUCGUACGGUCCUCGCCCUCCAGUCCCUGCCUAUGGUUCUCACGUCAUUCGCACGCUCGCGUCAAAUCCAUCAAGCAUGCCCAGCAGUCGCGAGCACUCGCCCCGCUUCUCCCCCCAGGACUCCAACAUGAGCGGCGAAUACACGAGCGACGGCGAAGGUCAGACUCACGAGGACUACCGCCGAGGAGCCGCCAAGCAUGGAGGCGUCCCCGCCCCUUUCAUGCUUCCUCAGCCCCGCCUGGCUGCUCCUGGCCCGCCUCAAGCACCAUCUGCGGCUUCACAUGCGCUCCCGCACGCAGAAUGGACCCCUUCCAGCAGCCCCGUCCUCGGCCCGCUCAAGAGCAUGAGUCUCUUCUCGCACACGGUGCCCAACUCGCCCUACCCUUCGCGCCCUGGUUCGCCCACUCGCAGGCAGUCGCCGCCUGACCACCACACGUCGCCCGUCCAUCACGCUGCGCCAGUUCACGUCGCAGGGCAAGGUCACCACCCGUCGCACCGUCAUCGUUCGCACCCGUACGCCACGGGCUCGCAGUCACACCACCACCUGCCGUCCCUCGCAGGCACAUCGUCCGCGCGCGUCAGCGGCCAUACUACGCCCACCGACGAGCACAACACCUCGCUGUCGCGCACGAGUUCCCACGCCUUUGGCGGCAGCAACUCGUCAAGCAGCCUCUCGCUUAGUGCCUACCACUUGAGCGGACCGACCCCGGACCCUCGUCGCCUCGUCAAGGAGCAGAACCGCACGCCCUCUGAUUCGCUCGUGGCCCGAUCAGCAGGUGGAUCAAGAACGCAUCUGCCCUCCCUGGCAGAGGCGUCUGGCUCGUCUUCCUCUUCACGCCAGCUCCCUUCGCUCUUUGCCCACCCGCAACAUCAAUCUGCUCACCACUCACCACUCCACUCGGUAGCAAACGGCCACCACCACGCGACGCACGCGCACAACUUCCAUCCGUACGGCAGCUCAGCGAAGCGUAGUGCUUCAAGAUCCGCUCCGGCUAGUCGCGCCACCUCACCAUUGACGUCGCCACAGUUGUCGCACGCUCAGCUGCGUCAGGCGCCUGCGGCCAGCCACUCGCGACAGUCGUCCAACUCGCACGGCGAGCUCAGCCCGCCACCACGUGUCGGCUCAGGAGCGUACGGUCGACCAGGUCACUCAAGUGUGCAGCACUCCCCUCAGGCCUCCUUUGCCUUGCCAAUCAGCUCCCGCUCCCGUCCAACGUCGCCUCAGUCUGGCUCAGGGCACCACACGGUCUUGCCUCCUUUGUUGCGCAGGACUAACAGUAAUGGCCCACAAGGUGGGGAUGCUAUCUUGAAUGGCGGCAGUUCCAAUGGUGUCAGUGGCAAGUCCCACAAGAGCUUGUUCGCCAUGACGCCCAUCCACGCCAAUGGAAGCGCCAGUGCGGGUACCUCGCCGAACCAGCCUGUGGCUCUCCCGCCUAUCUCCUCGUUGGAUCAGGGGAGGAGUAGGAGCGAGGAGGCAAUGGAGACGAGUGCAUGAGUGCUGCGCUACUCCGUUCCUACACUUUCUCAUCCGCCUGGCUUGACUUUUCCUCUCUGCUCUUGUUCACGAUCACCUAUAGACGAGCUCGGCGCACGAUGCCUGCUCACCCCGCCCUUUCUCCCUCCCUCAAGCCAGUCGAGCCUCAUCCACCACCUCUCCUCUCCUUUCUUUCCUUAAUGUCCCUUGUAUUGCUAUCCACCUCUCGAAGCUUCACGCGGCUAGAUACAAUCGCUCAACAGAUAGAUGCGUCACC